AUGCUGCAGCGACUGCGCUGGUCCUUGCGCCGGGUGGCUGCUGGUGGCUCUCCCAUCGUACCUCUAUCGCCCGCCACGCCGAACUGCAGCCCCAGGCUCUCAGGACCCGCGGUGCGCCACGUGUCGCUGCUGUGCCACGUAUUCCCAGGCGCCCACGGCUUCGUCAUGGCCUGCUUGUCCCGAGCAACUGCAACCCUGGCCCGCCAGGACUUCAGUAAUGGAUGCUCGGCGCCGUUUGCUGGAGAAAGAGGAUCCGAAGAAGUGGCCAAGACUUUUAGGGCCAAAGACCUCAUCAUCACACCGGCCACCGUCUUAAAAGAGAAGCCCGACCCCAGCUCGCUGGUCUUUGGAGCUACGUUUACUGACCACAUGCUGACGGUGGAGUGGUCCUCCACAUCUGGAUGGGAGAAACCUCACAUUAAGCCUUUUGAAAACUUGCCUAUACAUCCAGCUGCCUCUGUUUUGCACUACGCCGUAGAACUGUUUGAAGGCUUGAAGGCUUUUCGGGGAGUUGAUAAUAAGAUCCGAUUGUUCCGGCCGGACCUCAACAUGGAUAGAAUGUGCCGAUCUGCUGUGAGGACCACGCUGCCGGUGUUUGACAAGGAGGAACUUCUAGAAUGCAUUCUGCGGCUUAUACAGCUAGACCAAGAGUGGGUCCCCCGCUCCACCUCCGCCAGCCUCUACAUCCGCCCCACGUUUAUCGGAACUGAGCCAUCUCUUGGAGUCAAGAAGCCUUCCAGAGCCCUGCUCUUUGUGAUCCUGAGUCCCGUGGGUCCUUAUUUUUCUAGUGGAUCCUUUUCUCCAGUGUCCCUGUGGGCCAAUCCAAAGUACGUCAGAGCCUGGAAAGGUGGGACUGGAGACUGCAAGAUGGGCGGCAAUUAUGGAGCGUCCCUUUUGGCGCAGUGCGAUGCGGUAGAGAACGGCUGUCAGCAGGUCCUGUGGCUGUACGGCAAGGACAACCAGAUAACUGAAGUAGGCACAAUGAAUCUUUUCCUCUACUGGAUAAACGAAGAUGGAGAAGAAGAGCUGGCAACGCCCCCACUAGAUGGCAUCAUUCUCCCGGGAGUGACUAGGCAGAGCAUUCUGGAGCUGACACAGCAGUGGGGCGAGUUUAAGGUAAUCGAGAGACACCUCACCAUGGAUGACCUGGCCACUGCCCUGGAGGGGAGCAGAGUGAAGGAGAUGUUUGGCUCAGGGACAGCCUGCGUUGUCUGCCCAGUUUCAGAUAUUCUGUACAACGGCCAGACGCUGCACAUCCCAACAAUGGAGAAUGGCCCUAAGCUUGCAAGUCGCAUCCUGGAAAAGCUGACUGAUAUCCAGUAUGGAAGGGUCGAGAGCGACUGGACAAUCGAGUUACCCUGAUGGACAGGCUCAGAGUAUCAGUGACGGGGUGCCACAGAAGACCGACUCCGGCCCUCAAGCUGGGACCACCUGUGACUAGUUUUUGCACAUUGUAGUUGCGCUGUUCAUGUGUUACCAAGCAAGGUUUUCCCUUGAGCCACAGAAAAUUACCAGUGUUGAAUGUCACCUGUAAACAUGGUAGUAAUUGCUUACUGUACCUUUCCUUGGAAAAUUAUUUUGAUUUAUUAUUAUUGAUAUAAUAAUAUUGAUGAAUAAUGUCUCUCCCCACCCUGUACCAGAUCCUUAGUAGAAGAAUAGGUUUCCCCAACCAAUGACACAUCUGUGUGUUAGAAGGACUGCUGAGGAAGUGUCCCAGGAGGCCUCCCUGUGACUUAUGGGCACCCUCAGAGCGGGGGGGUCUUUGUUACCUUUGCUGGUGAGGUUCUUUAGUUUUUUGUUUGUUUCUAAUUGGCAGAUUUGGGUUCCCUAUGUAGCUCUUCUGGCCUGGUAUUCCCUAAUGUCUGCUCAGGCUGGUCUCAGGCUCAGAGCAUUCUUCCUGUCUUACUCAGCCUUCUGGAUGCUGGGGUGAUUGACAGGUGUCCUACCUUGAUUUUUUGAUUUUUUUUUUUUUUUUUUUUUUUUUUUUUUGUCUUUUAAUCAAAAGUUUGGUCACCUGGAUUUCUUGUCUCCAUGCUUCUGUAGGUCCCUGAGCCCAUGUUAAGGUGACUCUGUCCCUUCUUGGUAUUAUGGCCUGCACUAAUCUCACCGAUACUGGCUGCUCACUGCGCUGCUAUGAGACGAGAGGCCCUGUGCCUUCUAGAUCUUUGUAUCCUCAAAGCUCAGCACAUAGUAGGUAUUCAGUACAUGUUUACUAUGAGAAUGAACAUAGAAGUGUACCUUCUGUCUCUCCAUGCUGAAACCCUUUCGGAAGCCGUGCCUGAUUUGGGCAGCAUGUAGCAGUAUUUACCUCAGGCUGUCUUUCCAUGGACUCCUCCAGACAGCAAGGUCCGUUGGAAGAAUUGUCCUGUGUUUUAAGAUUAUGUUGGAAUUGAAGUGAUUGCCCUGGGAAGAUGAAAUACCAACCACAUGGAAAUGACAGAUGCUAUACAUUGUUAAGUGCCAAAUAAAGGGGCAGGUCGGGAGAUAAACUCCAGGUUUGGAUCUUAAUCUACACUUUGAACCCUUCUCUUAAACGAGCAUUGAAUAAGCACCUAGCUGGUAACAACGCUAAUCCCGGAUCAUGUUCUUCUUGGUUAGGAACUGUGAGUGAGUUCUCUCAUGACUCAGUUUAUCCAGGAGGAAGUCAGGUCUUGAUAGAAAGCUGUCACCCUCCGAAGGUCGACUCUCAGUUGCAGUACUUUGAUUUCUUGGCUUCGGGUAGCUUUCAUCUUACUGAUGGAACUUGGGUGUGUCCAGAGCCCCAGGGGGAGGGCUUUACUAAAGACAGUCUUUGAGACGUGUAACAUUUAACCACACACAGCACUUCAGUGUCAUUCCAGAUGUUUAGCUGUCCGGUUUUUUUAGACAGAAACAGUAAAACAAAAUGGAGAAGGUCAUGACUGGAGAUAGUAAAAUAUGUCCCAGGGGCCCUUUCUUUGGCGACUGAAGUCUUGCGUGAGAGGGUCCUCAAGCAGUUCUCCAUCUUUUCCUGCAGGGUCCUUCCUGCGUGUCCGUGAGGUAGCAGCAUCUUGAGAUGCUUUUGGCUUUCCCGUACCCUUUGACCUCAUCUUUAGGUCCAGGAUAGACUAGCAGGUGUAGCAGUGUUAAGAAGCACAGGAUGACUAAACUGAGUCCUGUGAGAAGGGAGGUGCCUGUGUGCCCUGAGUCCACUUCAGACUUUACACUUUUAAAUUAAGAGUGGCCCAUUUGAUGGCUGGGGAAGGACAUGUUAUGACCUCCUAAGUCAAAACCUGUUAGCUCAGUUAAAACAGAAGGAGGGAAAGGCACAUGCUUUUUAAAAACCGGAGGACUGAUCUUUACAGAGAUCGGUCUGCCAUCCUUAUUGAAGUAACAAUACGAAACUGACCUUUGCAAUGACUUCUUUAUGGGUAUCAAAGGAACAUCUGUAGUUCUUUUCCCCCUGUUUGUAAUUUGUUUAAUUGCAGGGAUAUAACGCAGCAAGAAGGUUGAAAUUGUAACCAGGCAAUUACCUGUUCUUCAAGACUCACUGUCCCAACACUGACUGUUUAAGGCACAAGGCAGUAUAGCGUUAAGGACAUGGAAAGCAACUCUGCCGGGCACAAUCAACAAAUUAAUAUUAUUGCUGAUAUUUGUAUAAUUGACUGCAAUUAUUUAAUGUUUAAUCGACUUGAUCAGAUGAGAUUCAGCAGGUCACAUGCGAGUGGGUAUAAAUGGGACUAAACAGGCCUGGGAGCUCCUGAUUCGUGUAUUUUGUAUAGCUUCAUCUUUUCAUGGACAAAUCACGUUUCCUCAGAACACAUGUGAAACCCAGGAGUUCAGGAGUAGAGAGAAGCUGAGCCUUGGCUAAGGUGGUUUGCUGAUGCGAUGUGGUUGUUAGAGUCACCUAUGGAGGAUUCUAAGGGUGCUAAAGAACGAACAAAUGAGCGAUUUCUGGCAGCCUGUAUUUAAAGAAAUUCAGAGGAAGUGGCUGAGAAACUGUUGGGGAGCCAUGCUUUUUCCUGAUGAAAGAAGCAAGUUAUAGAGAUGCUUGGGAGACGGCUCAGUGGUGAGAGCACUUGCUGCUCUGGUAGCCACCCUGGGGUUCACUUCUUCUGACCCACCUAGCAGCUCAAAACUGUCUUAAUUCCAGUUCAAGAGGAUCUGACACCCUCUUCUGACCUUUACGGGGAGCUGCACUCACGUGAUGCUCAGACAUAGUCUGUGCCCAUCAUGUGUACCUAAAGUCAUCUUACAAGAAGAGAAGCGAGCUCUGCAGUGAUGUACUGUCCACUCCGUGAGAGGUUGAGAGCCUGUGUCAGUCAGGCUGGCAUAAAAUCCUCCCUGCAUCAUUUUGUUACUUGCCGCUUGGUGAUAAUGUAGCUAAAGAUGUGGCCUUGUGGCCUGGGCUCCUGGAGACAGCUACGAGCAUAGGCUAGACAAAAGGGUAGGAAAGACUUUGUUUCAAUUCGGUGCUUUCACUUAAGGGAAUUAGCUGAAGUAUGAAGCUGUAACUUUUUUGUUUGCCUUCCUGGCUCUGUAUUCUACAGAGUCUGCUGUCCUUAUGAAAUUGUGUUGUUCUGUUUAAAACUUGUGACUGAGGCAGAAAGCCUCCCAGAAGACCACAGUUGCUUGUUUCCUUUGGAUGGUACUUCCAAGGACUAUGAGAAAUUCUGUGUUUCAUGUCUGGACACAAAUAAGGUCAAUGAACCCUUUCUUGGGAAGCCGAUUUCUUAUGAGUGUCUUAUGCAGACACUGUAGUUACAAACAGUGGUGCCUGUGAGCGAUUUCAUGGACACGCGGUAGCAACCGUCACUUCGUUUUGUCACAGGUAGAAUUUGUUUAGCUUUCUAGGUUCCACAUAUCUCUACCCUCAAAGAGGCAAAGGGUUUCAGACUCUUCCUAGUAUAUGUUACUGGAUAGAGCAUGAGGAUUCGUGUUCGUUUGGUACACACUGAUUGUGCAUCCACACCGUGCAUCUCACACAGACAACAAUGGAAUGGGACAUUCACAUAGAAAAUAAAUAGCAUGUAAACAUUACCUCACGGAGAGUGUGGGCUGAUAACUUGAACUAACUUUACACAUAAAAGUGAUGUUUAAUAGAUACCUAGGAGGACCAGAGAAAGCCUAGCUCCCAGCCAUCGCAGUUCAUCUCCAUCUUUGUAAGGAAAUCCUUGCUGUUUUUGUUCUUUUCUGCUGCUUGGGAGGUUAGAACCAAGAUCUGUUCACGCUCACGUCUGUGGAUCCCCACCAGGUUUCUGUCACUCGCCCGCCAUGUCUGCCGUCUAAUCUACACUUGUAUUUGCUACCUUCUUCUGAAGCACCAUCAGGUUGGCAUCUAACAUGGCACCCGUGUCUGCAUCUUUGUUCAUCUCAGUAAACUGGAAGCAGGAUUAACUGGAAAGAGGCAAAGGAAACGAUGGUAUAGGAACGUGUCUACUGCGUGGGGCUGCUGGAGCUCAUAGCUGAGAGGGGUAGCCAUACCACUGGAGUACUGUUCACCCGCCAUGGUUUUCAGUGGAAGGUCUCUGUUUCCUUGGUUCUGGGAUUGAACGUACCUCUGGCAUGUUGCGUAAGGACUCUGCCAUUGGGCUGCACAGCCCUCUUCACUUUUUAUUUCAUUACAUCAUCUCAUUUUUGAUGACCAGUUUUGCAGACUCUAUAACCUAGGCUGGCCUUAGAUUUUCAAUUUUCCUGCCUCAGUUUUCCAAUAGUUGGAGUAAUGGGCACCAGGUCUAAUUUCAGUUUGAGGAUUUGAAUAAAAACUAAAAGCAGUUUAAGAUAUUACAAAGAAGUUUUCCUCCUCCCUUUCCUCUUCUUCUUCCUCCACUUCUUGUUCUUUUUAAAGUUGCUUUUAAAGGUCCAGGUAGAAUCAAGUGUGGUUCCAUAGUAAAAGACUUCUGGACUGUGAUUUGACAAGGUUGGUAAUGAAGCCCAGGAAGACUGUGGUAGCGUUUGUGGGUAAUAAUUCCAUGAAGUCAACCGGGGGGGGGGGGUGUCAUAAGUGACAAGAACUUGAGAUUUUGGCCAGGUGCAGUGGCACAUACCUUUAAUCCCAGCACUCAGGCAAAUCUCUGAGUUUGAGGCCAGCCUGGACUACACAAUGAGAUCCAGGUUAGCCAUACAGGGAGAUCCAGGUUUUUUUCAGA